UGCUGGUUCAAUCGAUGACAGACACAGACAAUCUCGUUCGAUUCGAUAAUCAAGUAGCAGGCCAUGACCGAUUGUUGCGAUUUUCCACCAACGACAUGAUCAUCGUCAAACCUUGUACCCUGAAAGAACUGGCAUUUUACGAAGCAAGCCAUCGUUAUCCCGACUUCCAGGAAUGGAUACCCGAAUGCUAUGGCAGCUUACGGGCUUCGAGCGAUUCCGAGCUUCGUCUGUUAAACGAGCAGCAGCAGUACGAGAACGACGUUACUCAACUGCCUUCUGAACUGAUUGUCGAUCCUGCAAGACAUGUAGAAAACAAUCUGUGCUUAGAAAAUGUCCUUCGAGGAUUUACAAAGCCGUGCAUCUUGGAUGUGAAAAUAGGAAGGAAAUUGUGCGAUGAAACGGCAGACGAAGACAAGCGCAAGCGGAUGGAAGAAAGGGCCAAAAGCACGACGACCCAUUCCAUCGCACUUCGGAUAUGUGGCAUGAAAACAUUCAAUGCGGUCAACGGAAUGCAAACAAUUUAUUCGAAAACGUACGGACGGAGCCUCGUAAAAGAUGAUAUACUGGAUGGUUUCUUGGCUUACUUUUUUCCAUCAUCAGAUUAUGCUCACAAAGCCUCCAAACAUUCGGAUGUGGUUGCAGAAAAUGUGGCCGAAGUUGCGACAGAAGGGAUCAGCGCCCGUAUACCGGGAAAAAUGAUGCGAUGGAUUCUGGAAAGUUUUCAGGAUGAUCUUUCGGAUAUGCGAGACUUUAUCGCGACUCACUCAAAUUUGCAACUGAUCAGCUCCUCGCUCUUGUUCGUUUACGAGGGCGAUCAAAAAGCGGCCGAAAGCGUCUGGAAGCGUAUGCUGCAGGAAGACGAACAGGCAGAGCAAACCUCCAGUGUGCCCGUCACAGACGACGAUAACGAAGAAGAUGAAGAAGAUGUUUCAAAAAUUUGCGAUGUGCGUUUAAUCGAUUUCGCACACUCGAAAUGGGAUGCCUCACAAGAGCAGCAAGAUCCAGGGCUACUGGAAGGCUUCGAUAACAUGAUUGGUAUUCUACAAGAAUGCAUCCGGAGGCAACGCGCUCAAAAGCUCUAGCGGAUUUCUGAUCCUAUGUAAUACCCACUCAAAUCCAUUCUUUAUAAAAAUGGGAAAAUUCAGCAUUAUAUUUGAUUGAAUACCUAACACAUUUAGUCGUUGAUAUUUUAUGCUGAUCAGAAGAUAUGCUCGAAUUGAACCGCAAGCCGGAGGCUUUAGUACCUCAUUUGUCAAAAUAAGUGAUGC